GUCGCACCAUGUUAUGGCUCUAUGAUCAACAGGUGCUUGUCUUGUCCUAGUGUUAAAAGAGUUAUUUCAGGCCUAGCUGCUGCUUUCUAAAGAAGCUAGUAGCAUUGUGUGUUUACUUGCAUAUCUCACCAUAAGUCGCCAUGCACUGUCUGAGAGCCCUGCGCCUUACCAAAAGCCUUACCAAAAGAUCACAAAUUACCUCCAGAAAUGUGGAAGCUGCCAAGGAGAUUUUCCUGGUUCAUCCGCGGUGCAGUGAGAGCUCAGUGUCGGAUGGAUUGCACCGACGGCCCGCUUCACACUUGGAUCUUUUCAAACUAAAUGUCCCCUCAAAGUCCCAAAGCUCUGGAGUGGAAGACAUGCUCUUCUACACCAUCACAGGAGGAAAAGAGCAAGUCCCCAUAGCUCAGUUUAACUCAGCCCUGAAAAAGACCGGUCUGCACCCUUCCGACCCUCGCCUCAGGGAGUGUAUGGAGAAGCUACGUCAGGUUGUGAGGGAGUCAGUCGGGGACGUCAUGAUGGACAGAGACUUGUUCCACAGGUGCAUGGGUGGAAACAUUGUCCUGCUGAUACAAGCCUUCAGGAAGAAAUUCAUUAUCCCGGAGUUUGAUAUUUUUGCAAAGCAGAUAAAUGAAAUCUACUACAGAGUGGAGAAGCAAACGAGUGGAAAAGUGGCUGAUUACAUCCCACAGUUGGCCAAGUUUAACCCCGGGCUGUGGGGUGUCUCUCUGUGUACAGUGGAUGGUCAGAGACACUCAGUGGGCGACACAAAGCAGCCGUUCUGCCUGCAGUCCUGUGUGAAGCCUCUGCAGUACGCUAUAGCCGUCCAUGAGGAGGGAACAGACAAAGUGCACCGUUAUGUGGGGAUGGAGCCGAGCGGUGUCAAGUUCAACAUGCUCUCACUCGACGAUGAAGAUAAACCUCACAAUCCCAUGGUGAACGCUGGGGCUAUAGUCGUCAGCUCACUUAUCAAGCCCUGUGCAAAUAAAGCAGAGAGGUUUGACUAUGUUAUGGAGUUUGUGAAGAGGAUGGCCGGGCAUCACUAUGUAGGCUUUAGUAAUGCAACGUUCCAGUCAGAAAAAGAAACUGGUGACAGAAAUUUUGCUAUUGGAUACUACAUGAAAGAGAAGAAGUGUUUCCCUCCUGGAGCAGAUAUGAUUGAUGCCCUAGACUUCUACUUUCAGCUCUGCUCCAUAGAGGUGAACUGUGAAUCAGGAAGCAUCAUGGCUGCCACUCUCGCCAACGGAGGGAUCUGUCCGAUCACAGGGGAGCGUGUGCUGAGUGCAGAGGCCGUGAGGAACACCCUGAGCCUCAUGUACUCCUGUGGGAUGUAUGACUUCUCUGGAGAAAUGGCCUUCCAUGUGGGCCUGCCUGCUAAAUCUGGUGUGUCUGGUGCCAUACUUUUGGUGAUUCCAAAUGUGAUGGGAGUCUUGUGUUGGUCUCCUCCGCUGGACAGGGUCGGGAAUAGCGUCCGGGGAAUACACUUUUGCCAGGAACUUGUAUCACAUUUUAACUUCCACAAUUAUGACAAUCUCCUGCACUUUGUGAAGAAGGAGGACCCCCGCAGACCACAGGGAGACGACAGGAACAAAUCCGUAUUCGGCUUGAUGUUUGCAGCUUACAGUGGAGACGUGUCGGCCUUGAGACGGUUUGCAUUAUCGUCUAUGGAUAUGGACCAGAAAGACUACGAUGCCAGAACAGCCCUUCAUAUCGCAGCAGCAGAAGGUCAUGUUGAUGUGAUUAGGUUUCUUACAUACACCUGUAAAGUGGAUCCAUUUGUGAAAGACAGGUGGGGGAACCAGCCAAUCGAUGACGCCAUGCAGUUUGGACACGAUGGUGUAGUGGCUGUGUUGAAGGACUACCAGCAGGUCUGCAGCAUGGACCCGGAGUCUGAACAUUCACACAAAAUGGACGCCAUAGAAGAGAUGGUGUGAUAUCUGCAAACUUAGGCAAAGACUUCCAUAAGUGCAGGUAUAAGAAAGGACUAUAAUAUUUAAUGGAGCUGGGGGACAGGUAAAACUACUAUUGUUAUUAUGUACAUUGGGUACAAAAUGAGAUAGAAACAAUGAGACAAUCCAAUAUCUGAUUUUUGGUGAGUGUUAACACGCAAAAACAAAAUCUGAUAAUCAAAAACAUCACAAUCAGUGGAUUUGUAAAGCAACUGUUGUGUUUCAAAGACAAAGUACAAUGAAUUUUAAACUCUUUCUGUCUUAAACACGUUUGUCCAUUGUUGUCUUUGCCACAAUAGUUUUGGCUUUUUUGCAUAAUUUUUCUCAUCAAAACCUGCAGAGGUGUGAACAAUCAGAAAGAAAUCAGAUUAGUCACAUCAGAUGGAACUGUUUAUAUGUUAUUUCAAUUUUCUGAUAACUCUAGAAAUGAGAUAAUGAUCAGAUUGUUAGUGUGCAUGUAAAUAUAGCGAGUUAUGUAGUCUCCAAUACAAAUAAUCAGGUUCAACAUGUGUGACUAUGUGUAUACUAGGUGAAACUGAUACCUAUUUGAAAAGAAAACUGGACAAGCAGUGGUUAUCUUCUGCAUGACAGUAUCGAAAGCAGCUUUUUAUUGUUCAGUAUAAUUCAAUUUAACUUAUUUUUGUAGAACCUAAAAUCCCAACAGUACUCGCCUAACGGGGCUUACCAAAUUCUUGAUUUAACCAACAGAAGAUCAGUAAUGCUGGGUCUUCAACUGUAUAAUUGAUUACAUGCAGUUUUAAUUUCGUUGACCAACCUUUUUACAAAUUAAAAUGCUUUGAACCUUUCUAAUAUAACUAUAUUUGUAAUGGUAAAGAGAAAUGAGAUUGUAUAUUUUUUUGGAUUAAAGGGAAAAACAAUCAUCGUAAUCAUGCAGUUACAUAUUCCCACUGUACAUAUUUCUUUCUAAUAAACACAUUUGCAUAAACA